UUAUUUUAGAUUUCUUUAUAUUUGUAAUACGUUUAAAAUUAUUUACCAUCAUGUCCAGCAGCGGGUCUGCUGAGACCGUGGAAGUCUUACAACUACAAGUCCAUGAGGAGGAAUCAGUGGAACCUUCCAUGUCUGAAUGGUCUUCACUCGUCAUCGAUUUAGAAGCCCCUAAUCAGAAGAGAGUACUAUUCGAACAGGGUAUCUACGACCCAGGAAGUGGAGAAAUAUGUGCCGCUUACGUCAGCCAGUCUGACAGCGCAGUCUUCAGACAUGUUUACUACAAUUACCCCUGCAUACCUGACCCUGGGAUAUCACACGCGUUAUUAGGACCAGCGCCUAAACACAUCUACUCUGACGACGGCCAAGAGCUUUACCUAACUUUAUGCAAGCAGACGAAUCAGACACCGGUUCGAAUUUUCCACAGAGCGCUGCUCGGAAAUAAGGCAGACUUGAGCUAUUACUGCGUUAAUCCUUACGGCAUCCAAGCUAUUACCAAGAGUCUAAUCAACAAUAAAACGCUUACCAGCAUUGAUUUGACGGACAACUUUUUAAACGACGACGCCUGCUUCCAUUUAGGUGAGAUGCUGACAACGAAUACUAUGUUAACUGAGUUAAAUCUUUCGGGAUGUAGGAUUGGGCCGAGCGGAACUCUCAGACUAUGUGCGGGACUGCCGACGAACAAAAUUUUAAAGGUGAUCAAUCUUAGUCGGAAUCAGAUGGGUGAUUCCGGUACUGAUCACUUCGCUCAAGCUAUAUUCUCCCGAUCUGAUGUUCAGGAAGUUAACCUUUCCAACAAUAGCAUCAGCGGAAAAGGUGCACAAACUCUCUCUGAAGCUUUAGAGUGGAACAACAAAAUAACACACUUAGACCUAUCCCGCAACCUUUUGUAUUCCUUCCCUUCCGGACUCUGCAACCUACUCAUUGAGUUAGGCAACAGCGACUUACUUAAAUAUAUAAACUUAUCAUGGAACAGUUUAAGUGGCACCAAAAUAUCCGGAGGAAUAAAACAGAUAUUCAAGGCAAAAUUCUUGCAACAUUUAGACAUCAGCAAUAACAAGCUAUCGACCACAGAAGUCGCAUUAGACCUGACUGUCUUUAUGUCAAAACCCAAGAAAAUGGUCACUUAUAACGUUUCAUACAACCCGAUUAGCGCCGCGGAUUCCAUACUCUUUAUACAUAAAUUACAAACCAAGAUAGUUAAAAUACAGAAACUUUAUAUGGAUGGUAUUACUGUAAAUGUAGACUUUAUAAAAAUGUUAAACGCUAUGAAGCAAUUACCAGUUAAACAAAACGUAGAAGUAACUUACGGAUAUGUUGAAGGAUUAUACAAGGCAACAAGUGCAGACUCUAGGGAAACGACGCUGAACCGAGUAGAGUAUAUAUGCAAGAAGCCUAAGAAACAUAAAGUAGACAUAGCGCUAGUGAUUUACCAACUACUGAAAGAAGGAAGCAAUAUGUUAGAAAUAAAGGAAUUUACAGAUGCGAUUAAAUUUGCAGGAGUUGUUUUAGAAGAUGGGCUUAUAGCAGAGUUGGCUAGCAUUUUCCCUGGACCUGCCUCUAAAAAAGGGGCGAAGAGGGUUGAUGUUGCGAUGAUGGGGGAGUAUAUGAAGAGGAAAUGGCCUGAGAGGAAGCUACCGCCGACGCCGCCGCCUGAACCGGAGCCAAUCCCUGCACCAGUUCCAGAGAAAGGGAAGAAGGGAGGGAAAGAAGCAAAAGGGAAGGGAAAGAAGUAGACCAAAUUGACACCAAAAUU